AUGAGCCAUCCGGUUAGCAAGAGCGAUAACGAGUGGCAGGCUCAGUUGUCUCCUGAACAAUUCCGCAUCCUCCGGGAAAAAGGCACCGAAGCGCCCUACACAGGCAAAUACGACAAACACGCCCCCACCACCGGCACCUACACCUGCGCCGGCUGCUCCGCGCCCCUCUACACCGCCAAGCAGAAAUUCAAGUCCGGGUGCGGAUGGCCGGCUUUCUACGAUACGGUCCCGGGCGCGGUGACAAGGCAUUCGGACCGCACGUUUGGGAUGGAGAGAAUUGAGAUUGUGUGCACGAAUUGUGGAGGGCAUUUGGGGCAUGUGUUUAAGGGGGAGGGGUAUGCCACGCCGACGGAUGAGAGGCAUUGUGUUAAUUCUGUUAGUUUGAAUUUCAGUGAGGAGGAGGAGAAGGCUAAGGCCUAG